AUGCUCACUAUCCAUUUGUCAUUAGUAUCUGGAACGGGCAGAGACAGAGAUUUUGUAGCUUGGGUAGCACAAGAUGUGGACAGAAAUUCUGGCCUCACCACUCUCAAAGUUAGAUUUGGCAAAGUCUAUGAUAUCCGAUUGAUGGAUUAUUUGACGCACAAGUACCCAAACCUUGAAACAAUUGUAGUUGAGAGAAUGCCACAAGACGUUUGGAAGACAUAUAAUACAGCAGAGCUGGUAUUAGACAUGGAUGAGAUCCCUGCAUUGCUGAAGAAGAUGGAAACUGUACACACUUAUGCCUUGCAAUGCAUUAUUUCAGAGAUUGAAGCAACACAGUUGCUCCCAUUGUUGAAGCUUUGUGGCUAUAACGCAUGUUUCGGACGCCAAAGAGCAGUUAAUAGCUUUACAACAAAGGAAUUGCACGUCAGUUCUGGCCAUGCUAUUAUCGCAAGUGAAAUUUGUGGAGCUGUAAAGAUUCCCGCUACGUUAUACAUGGCUUAG